CUACAGAAAUCAAAGCUAAAAAAAAAAAUAUGGCUCCGAAGGCGAAAGAUAAAGCGAAGCCGGCCGCGGCGGCGGCGGCGGCGCCCGCGGUGGCUGUCGAAGACCUUUUCACAUCCCUCAAUCGCCACAUUCAGCGAUCCGAAUUCGACCUAGCUGUUAAAGUCUCAGAUCAAGUGCUUUCGAUUUUGCCGGGAGAUGAGGACGCGAUUAGAUGUAAGGUUGUGGCUCUGAUUAAGAACGACAGCAUAGAUGAUGCUCUGUGUGCGAUUGAAUUGUUUCCCGGGAAAUAUUCUGUUGAUUUCAGUUUCUUCAAGGCAUACUGCUUGUAUCGGCUAAAUAAGUUGGAUGAAGCUUUGCUGUCCUUGAAAGGGCAAGAAGGAAACACUGUAUCUAUGUUGUUAGAGUCGCAGAUCUUGUUUCGUUUAGGAAGGAUGGAUGCAUGUGUGGAUAUAUAUCAGAAGCUUCAGAAGUCAAAGAUAGAUACUCUGGAAAUAAAUUAUGUAGCUGCCUUGGUUUCUGCUGGGAGGGCUAGUGAAGUUCAGGGGAUAAUGGAUUCUCUCAGAGUCAAACCAACAAGCAGUUUUGAAUUUGCUUACAAUGUUGCUUGCUCGCUGAUAGAACGAAACAAGCAUAAAGAUGCAGAGCAACUGUUGCUGUCAGCUAGAAGAAUUGGUCAGGAAACAUUAAUGGAAGAGAAUUUAGCGGAUGAUGACAUAGAAAUUGAAUUGGCACCUAUAGCUGUUCAGCUAGCAUAUGUUCAACAGGUCCUAGAAAACACUCAAGAAGCUUUUGAUACUUAUUCGAGCAUUGUCAAGAAAAAUCUGGCCGAUGUAUCAUCACUUGCACUGGCAUUAAGCAACCUUAUUGCUCUAAAGGGCCCCAAGGAUGUGUCUGAUGGCCUGAGGAAACUUGAUAAGCUGAUAGAGAAACGCGAAGGUCCUCCUCUGACCUUCCAUCUUGCCCGUGACCUUGACGUAAAGCUCUCCCAAAAACAAAGAGAAGCAAUAUAUGUUAACCGUCUCUUAUUGUUACUUCAUUCCAACAAGUUGGAUCAGGCUAGAGAACUCGCAUCUGCACUUCCAGGCAUGUUUCCGAACAGUAUAGUCCCAGUGCUUCUUCAAGCUGCAGUGCAUGUAAGAGAGAACAAAGCCAACAAAGCCGAGGAGAUACUAUUGCAGUACGCUAACAAGUCCCCCGAAAACUCGAAGGUUUUCCUUCUCGCAAGGGCACAGAUCGCCGCUUCUGCAGGGCACCCUCAAAUAGCAGCCGAGUCUCUUCUAAAAAUACAGGACAUUCAGCACAAGCCCGCAACUGUCGCCACCCUAGUCUCCCUCAAAGAACGAGCUGGCGAUAUCGAAGGUGCCGAUGCCAUUUUCGAUUCCGCUAUUAAAUGGUGGUCAAAUGCAAUGACAGAAGACAAUAAACUCGAUAUUAUAAUGCAAGAGGCUGCUUCUUUUAAGCUAAGGCAUGGAAAGAAGGAAGCAGCAGCUCGUCUAUAUGAGGAGCUAAUUAAAGGACAUGGGAAAAACAUCGAGGCUUUGGUGGGACUUAUUAGCACUGCCGCUCACACAGAUGUUGACAAGGCGGAAUCGUACGAGAAACAUUUGAAACCACUUCCUGGUCUGAAGGGAAUCGAUGUGGAGAGUUUGGAGAAAACUUCUGGUGCAAAGAUGGUGGAGAGUGGGCCCGCUGUGGAAGCUUAUGAGCCAAAGAGUAAGGAGAAAGCGAAGAAGAAGAGGAAGAGAAAGCCCAAGUACCCGAAAGGGUUUGACCCGGAAAAUCCGGGUCCACCACCGGAUCCAGAGAGGUGGCUGCCGAAGAGGGAGAGAUCGAGUUAUAGGCCAAAGAGAAAAGAUAAGAGGGCGGCUCAAGUGAGGGGAUCUCAGGGUGCUGUUGCUAAAGAGGCUGCUGCUCAAAGUGUUGGAUCAAAGUCGACGAACCAAACGAGUAAUUCUAAAGGAACCUCGCACAGUACGAACACAGAGCAAACUAAGCCAUCGUCGAAAUCUAGGAAGAAGUCGAGGAAGUGAUAAGAGAGCUAUGUCCAGGAUUUGCAGUCGAGGUAAAACUUUUUUAUUUUAAUUUAAUUUACAAUUUCUUUAAUUUUGAACUUCAUUUUAUGGGGCUCGUACAUCUGACUGCAGUUUUUUUGGGAUAAAUUUUGUACUUUAAUAUUUAUGUGUCGCGUACAUUAAAACCAUGCAGAGUAAUUGAACCAGGACUAUUCAUUGUUGGUCUCUUUGUAGGGUAAAUCA